AUGUGUGUCGCACGCUUGGACGCCGCCACGUCGGUUUCCGGUCGCGAGAUUAUUUAUAGCGCGGCACUCGAUCGGUUACAUCGGGCGCACUUUGGAACCCUCGUGGAUGGUGGGGUCGCUAGGGUCGGCACUGGCGGAGGAGACAACAUCCACGGGACCCCUCCUGCGACGACGACGGAGCCAUUGUCGCCUUGCGGUAUUUCGUUUCAGCUAGUCGACGACCCGUCUACCGGUCUACCGUCCAUGAACGUGAGCGUGAAAUCCCCCCGGGCAAGCGUGAAACCUGGUGCGCGGUCAGUCGUGCCGUCCGACUCGCUCCCGGUGCGACGGAGUGUCGUGGAUCUGCCUCCUAACGCCCGCCGCCACCUCCGGCAACGUCACCGUGCGUCCAGCGCCCUCGACAAGCCACGAAAUGCCGUCGGGGCAUUUGUCACCAACAUCAAAGUCGAGCUCUUCUUCAUCUCUAUCGUGAUAUGCUAUGGCAUCUUCGUCCUCGUGCAAAUGACGUUCGAAGCGCAGCUCAAGGCGUACCAGAACGCAUUCGACGUAGUUGACCUUGUCGUGAGCUCUGUGCUGACGCUCGAGCUCGUCCUGCGUCUGUUUGGGUUUGGGCUGGUCAUGCUCAUGAGCUUCUGGAACAGCUUCGACGCGAUUGUCGUCGUAGGGACGUUGGUCCUGAGCUUGUGGAGCUUUACGUCGGAGAACGGAACCGGAUCCGCGAUCGCGACCCUACUCCGCAUGCGUCCCAUCUUGCGCAUCUUCCGCAUCGUCGUCGUCUUUGAGCGCAUCAAGCAGCGGUCGGCGGCCCUCAAGCACGCCCACCGCGGCAGUGCCUUGCAAACGCCCAUCGAAACCGUGCUAGGCACGUUGUACGAGCUGCGGUACCAUCCAUCUAUCAAACCGAGCGUCCAGAGUGAAAUCGACUACGCGAUCUACACAAUCAAGAACAACAAGCUGUACGACGCCGGCGAGCAUAUGCUGAAUGGCCAGAACAUCGACAAAGACACCCAGGACUGGCUCCGCGAUGGCCUUCUUCGCAAGAACGAUGCGUCUGCAGUGACCCCGUCACCAGCCGCGGCCGACGUCGGCGCCGGGACUACCGACCCAGACGACAAGGUGGGCCGCCCCGCCGGCGUCGGCGGGCUACGUAAAGAAAACUCGGGCAUCACAGACGAGCUGUUCCCGCUUAUCGAGACGGCACGCCACCACUUCAACGAGCUCAUGGCGACCGUGGCCGAAUGGGACUUUGACGUAUUUCGCGUGCAAGAGAUCACCAAAGGCAACGCGUUGACGCACAUGGGGUACUUUUUACUCCGUGAUUUGGUUGAGGAGCACCUCUUGUUGGAUGCGCACACGCUGGCCGUGUUUUUGAUCGAAAUCCAGCAAGGCUACGUUGUCUUGAACCCGUACCACAACGCGAUGCACGCCGCGGAUGUGAUGCAAACGUCCAACUACUUUGCCACGCGCAGCGCGAUCGCGCCGUUCUUGCGACCGCUCGAUCGGACGCUCGUGCUCCUCGCCGCGUGCAUCCACGACUACAAACACGACGGGUUCAACAACGGGUUCCACAUCGCAUCGGGCUCGGAGCUCGCGAUUCGGUACAACGACACAGCAGUGCUGGAAAACUUUCACGUGGCACAAGCGUUCUUGACCAUGAAGAGUUCCAACUGCAUGCUCUUUAGCAAGUUGAGCACGGACGACUACAAGUACAGCCGCGACAUGUUGAUUCAGCUCGUGCUGGGCACAGACAUGGCCAAACACUUUGAAGAUGUUGCGCUGUUCAAAGCAAACAUCAUGCCCCAGUCGCUGGACGAACGGUUGGAGAUCAAGACUCUCGGCGACAAGAAGAUGCUCAUGAAAAUGAUCAUCCACACAUCGGACGUGUCGAACCCGGCCAAAGUCCGCGUGACGAUGCUGAGGUGGACGGACCGCGUCGUCGAAGAGUUUUUCGGCCAGGGGGACAAAGAAAAGACCCUCGGGCUCGUGGUGUCGCCGUUCAUGGACCGCACGACGCUCGCCCUCAAGAAGAUGCAGCUCGGGUUUGCCGACUUUGUCGUGAGCCCGCUCUUCCACGUGUGGGCCAACAUCUCGCAUCAAGUCCAGGUCGACGGGUACACGACGCUGCUCGACAAUCGCGAGUGGUGGAACCAGCGGGACGACAACUUUAAGCACGCGCAGAUCAAGGGCGUGGUGAAGGACUUGCUGCAGGAUGCGACCGUCGCGUCAGGCCUCCUCUCGAGGAAACUCUCGACGGGGUCGCUACCCAUGGUACGGGAAGGCGACGGCCGCGCGCCUGCAUCGCAAGCCGAAUCGGACGGCGGCGGGUCGAACAAGCUCGAACUCGUGGUGAAGGAGACCAACAAAGGGGGCGGGACCUCCGACGGACCGACAUCUACCACGGCACCGUAGACCGUCCAUGAAUAGGAUGCCAAGUGUGAAUAGAACGACAAGCAGCGGGUAGGAUGAUAAUCUCGAAAGAGUACAUUUGCGGCAUGACGGC